AUGAAAGGAGCUGUGGCUGCCAGGCAGUGCCUGUUUCAAAGAGGUAUGAAUAUAGAUCCUAUUUGCCCAAUGUGUGGUAGUGAAAAUGAAACCAUAUUACACAUGCUUGCUCUCUGCCCUGAAGCAAAAAGAAUAUGGUAUCUUUCACCCCUACGUUUAGAGGUGGAGAAAUACGAGGGGGUGGGUUUUGGGGAGUGGUGUGGCUCCAUCCGUGUUCUUCACAAAGAUCCUCACUGGUGGAACAUUCUCUUCGCAAUUCUAUGGGGAAUAUGGCUACGGAGAAAUGUAUGGUCCUAUGAGAAUAGGAAGAAAGAUCUGAUGGAUGUUAUCCAAAAAGCAGUGAGUGUGGUGGGAGAUUAUGAACAAGCUCAGCAGGCUUUAAGUUCGUCUGAAGGUAGGCAUCAGUUGUUGGAGUCGAAGUGGAAACCUCCUACUCAGGGAAUGAUCAAGAUAAAUUCUGAUGCUGCGAUCUUUGAUAACUCAGCUGUGGGAUUGGGAGGUGUAAUGCGUGAUGCACUGGGGGAGGUUGUGGUGGCUACAUGUCUAUGCCUAAGAAGUAAGUAUGAGGUGGAUGUAGCUGAAGCCCUUGCAUUGAGACACUCCCUACGCAUAGCAUUGGAGUCGGAGUUUAGGAAGUUAGCUCGUGGCUGCCAAUCGUGCUCCUUCUCCUUCGUCAAACGAAGUGGUAAUGGGGCAGCCCAUGCUUUAGCCAAACUUAGUUCUUCUUAUGGUGAUCUUAGAGUUUGGAUGGAAGAGGUUCCUAGUGAAAUCUCACCCUUUGUAAUGGCUGACUUAGCUUCUGCUUUUGAGUAA